CAACGAUGACUGGGAUAUAGAUGAAGAAGAUGAGGAUGAUGCAGAAGAUGGCGAUUCAAAGUAUGAUUCAGAUGCAGAAGAUGAAAAGGAGACUCCUCAUGUUUGAAUUGCAACGACGUGUACUGCUCGGAGGAAACCCAAACAUCGAGUCAUGUCUUUUUCCCCGGAACAAGAUCCGGUAACCCGCAUCCAACUCGCCAACUUCAAAACUGCCCCUAUAGAUCUGCUAUUUAAUUACCUUGUAAGAUAACGUCCGCUUAGUCUCCCGCCCCUACCCGACCCCCCCUCUUUCGGCGAUCAGAUCGGUGGUGACGGAUCGGAAACGAUUCCGAUCGCCAGAUCCCAUCUUCUCGGCAGGGUUCCCGGAGAGAUUCGAUAGAUCUGGUCGCCGGCCCGUCCGCCCGCGAUGUUUCUUUUCGAUUGGUUCUACGGAGUUCUCGCCUCACUUGGGUUGUGGCAGAAGGAGGCCAAGAUCCUGUUCCUGGGGCUCGAUAAUUCCGGGAAGACGACGCUGCUUCAUAUGCUCAAGGACGAGCGACUGGUUCAGCACCAGCCAACGCAGCACCCGACAUCGGAGGAGCUGAGCAUCGGGAAUAUCAAGUUCAAGGCGUUUGAUCUGGGAGGUCAUCAGAUCGCACGGCGCGUGUGGAAGGAUUACUUCGCUAAGGUGGACGCAGUGGUAUAUCUAGUGGACGCAUGGGACAAGGAGAGGUUUGCAGAGUCCAAGAAGGAACUGGAUGCGCUCCUCAAUGACGAUGCCUUGGCAAAUGUCCCGUUCCUCGUCCUGGGGAACAAGAUCGACAUCCCACAUGCGGCAUCUGAGGAGGAGUUGUGCUUCCACCUAGGCCUGCACCACUUCAUAACCGGGAAGGGCAAGGUUAAAAUUACCGACCCCAAUGUCCGCCCCGUUGAGGUCUUCAUGUGCAGCAUCGUGCGCAAGAUGGGUUACGGUGAUGGCUUCAAAUGGCUUUCGCAAUACAUAAAAUAGGACCCUAUUUUGAUGUGGGUCAACCUGUCAUUUGAUUUUGGAUUUUAGUGGGAUGCAGUGCAUGGCCAUCCUGAUGUUUUCCAUUCGUUUCGCAUAGUACACAGACAAAGACAAAGACAGGAUUACAUCUUCCCCUUCGAGCUAUAGUUCCUCAUGCGAUGCUCGAUUUUUUGUUGCUACAACUUGAUCUGUUACAGUUUCUCAUGAGCAAUUUAUACUUGGAUUGAUCUCUU